AUAAGCUUCAGUUUGUCUCUCUUCAUAUUUUCCUUGAAGAUUCCUCACAUCAAAUCUGCAUCUCUCUGUGUAAUGUUGAGCUUUAAUGGGGACUCCUCCUCCACCUUCAGGAGCAGGCGGGUUAUUGAUUUUUCGUCCGAGCAUGGGACUGAGUAUUUUGUUUAUUCCUUGCCCAUAUGUGUCCGAGAGCUGAUCGCAGGAGGGGCUGCUGGGGCUUUCACGAAGACCCUUGUGGCUCCCCUCGAACGAAUCAAAAUCCUCUUGCAGAUUAGAUCGGAAGGCUUCCAAUCGAUUGGGCUAUUCCCAUCGUUCAAGAAGGUCGUUCAGAAUGAAGGCAUUCAAGGUCUGUACAGGGGGAACGGAGCUAGUGUGAUUCGAAUUAUUCCCUAUGCAGCAUUACACUACAUGACAUACGAGCAAUACAGGAGCUGGAUUGUUAGCGAGUGUCCCUCCCUUGGAACAGGUCCUUCUAUAGACUUUUUGGCCGGUUCUGCUGCUGGAGGAACUGCAGUUUUGUGCACUUACCCCUUGGAUUUAGCUCGAACAAAGCUUGCUUAUCAGGUUAGGGCCCAAAAACAUAGCUGGUGGUAUGCCAUAAGAAAUCUGCGGUCACAACCACGUCAGAGGCUACUGGAUGUCUUCCGGGAAGUUUACAGUGAAGGCGGAAUUCGCGCUUUCUACCGAGGCUUCGGUCCGACUUUUAUUGAAAUCCUCCUAUACACGGGCUUGAAAUACUAUGUGUAUGAGAAACUCAAGCAGCAGGUCCCCGAAGACCAAAAAGAUUCCAUCACAAUACGGCUUUCUUGUGGAGCUCUGGCGGGGUUGUUUGGGCAGACCUUCACAUACCCAUUGGAUGUGGUCAGGAGACAGAUGCAGGUUGAGAAUGUGAUGCACGGGAAUUCCAGGUACAACAGCACUAUGGAAGCGCUCACUUCUAUCGUUCGUAAUCAGGGAUGGAGGCAGCUAUACGCAGGCUUGAGCAUCAAUUAUAUCAGGGCUGUUCCUUCAGUGGCCAUCGGGUUCACAGCUUACGAUGUAAUCAAGUUGUGGUUACAUUUUUCAUCACAGGGCUGAUGCUCCAAUUCACCUUAUAAGCAAUUCCGCAGAGCAGUCUCUCACUACGACAAGAGCAAUUGAGCUCUCAUAGAAACUGCCGAACUUUUGAUGCUUUAGCUAUAUAUACAUUAGGCCUAUUCCUGUAUGAGCAAAAGAAGAAACCAAAUUGCAGUCUGCAGCUCCGAAUGCAGGCUCACGAAGAGGAAAUAACAAUAAGAAACUUUCAGUCAUCGAAUUGUUUGAAGCAUUUUUCUUAUGGGAACAUUGUAGUUAUUUUGGAGGAGGCAUCAGUAAAGAGCCUAUGUUCCCAAAAGUUCAAAUGGGCAGUUUCCUUUUUAAGUCACAAGUGAACUUCAUUUAUUAUGCUCCAUAGCAUCUGAACUGAAGGAUGUGAAAACUUGCCUGUUAAGGCUACAAACGCAUCAAGUGGAUAUUAGUAGAAAAUGUUUCUUUUUUUUCU